UUUCUACCUAAAUUUAAGUCAAUAACACCUCCUUCUCUACCUCUUUCACCCCCUCCCAUAUCUCCUUCCUACUUCUCCAUCCCUGCAGGGCUUAGCCCUGCUGAACUCUUAGACUCUCCUGUCCUCCUUUCCUCUACUUUCUUGCAAUCUCCAACAAGUGGGAGUUAUCUUUAUCCACAAGGCAUCAAGGAUGAAGAAGCCAAACCCUACUCAGACUUCUCUUUUCAUGUCCAAAAACCUUCCAACAUGCAAUCCUUUCAACCUUCUUCUUCUUCUUCGGAGCAUCAACAACAAGUGUGGAACUCAUCAAAUUAUAAAGAGUGAAGGGUUGAGUAUGCCAAGCAAUUAUAGUAAUCCAAACACUCUCAAACAGAGAAGAUCAGAAGAUGGAUAUAAUUGGAGAAAGUAUGGGCAGAAGCAAGUGAAGGGAAGUGAAAAUCCAAGGAGUUAUUACAAGUGUACUUACCCGAAUUGUCCCACAAAGAAGAAGGUGGAGAGGGCAUUGGAUGGGCAAAUCACUGAGAUUGUUUAUAAAGGUACUCACAAUCAUCCAAAGCCACAGCCAGCUAGGAGAGACUCAUUAUCAUCUCAAGCACUUCAAGCUUCUAAUUCUCAGCAUGAGGCCUCUGAUCAUUCUUUCGGUGGCACGCCGGAUAAUUCUUCGGCUUCUUUCGGUGAUGAUGAUGUUGAUCCAUGCAAGCCUGAUGGAGAUGAACUUGAUAGGGAAGAACCUGAUGCAAAGAGAUGGAAGAGUGAAGGAGAUAAUGAAAGUGUAUCAGUUUCGGGUAAUCGAACAGUGAGAGAACCAAGAGUUGUGGUUCAGACGACCAGCGAUAUAGACAUUCUCGACGAUGGCUAUCGAUGGAGAAAAUACGGGCAAAAAGUAGUGAAAGGAAAUCCAAAUCCACGGAGUUACUACAAAUGCACAAGUAAUGGAUGUCCAGUGAGGAAGCAUGUCGAGCGAGCAUCGCAUGAUCUUCGAGCUGUGAUCACGACAUAUGAAGGCAAGCACAACCACGAUGUUCCGGCCGCCAGGGGCAGUGCUGGAAACUUGAAUAACAACAACAUUACCAUGGCCAUAAGACCCUCAGCCAUGGCAAGUCAUACUACUAACAAUGCCAUGAAUGCAAGACCAAGUUCGUCAAGUCAAAGUCAAGCUCCAUUCACACUACAAAUGGUGCAAAAUCAAGUCUAUGAAAACUCAUCAUCAAUGGCUUAUUAUAUGAGCCAACAACAACAACAUCAACAUCAAGAACAAAGAGUGCAAAUGGAGAACAUGUUAUCCAGAACUAAGGAUGAACCAAGAGAGGAUUUUUUCUCAUGGCUUAACUAAGUUUAGUUUUAAGUUAGAAAAACACACAUAUGUACUAAUUUAUUUCAUGCAAUAUUGCUUGUUAUAUAUUCAUUUGUUCAUUUAUUUGAGGCCUUUGAGCCACAAAACAAUACUAUACAUCAAUACAGCUUUAUAUUUAGAUGUUU